AUGAACGGCCAUCAACCUCAACAGCUAUACUCAUAUCAAGGGCCUCUCAGAAAACAGCAUCCAAACUAUGUACGAGGCGUUAACGGGAAUGGGUACAUGUACGGUCCACAGGUUAGUGGAGCCGGUUCCUAUGGGAACAUGCCAUAUCCGGGCCAACCGGCCAUGGUGGGCGAGAAUGUGACAAAUGGGCUUAGAGGCACUCCAGUGGAUCCAGUGCAGGUCAAGGACCCACUGGCAUAUCAGCAAAAUGGCGGCCAACAGAUACCGAUGACUACAACCCAUCCACAUUCCAGAACUCCAAUUUCGGGAGGCGCGAACCCACAGAGUCAUAUCCAGCCGCCUCAGUCCCAACACCCCCCUCAGCAACCUCCAACGAUUGCUACAGACGGAUCCAAAUCUGCGUCAACGGUUGCCUCUCCGUUUGCAACUCCCUCAGCACCCGCGUCGGCCACGAUGGCUGGAGUACCAGGGUCAUCGGGCAUUGGGCUGGCCCCCACGCCCGGAUUUGUCACAGCAAGAGCGUCUUCAAUGGGCCCCAGUGCCGGUACGGGUAUACAAGUUCCCUCACCACUACCAGGGAUGGUACCCACAGCCGCCUCACAGCCGCCUAGAAGGGUCCUGUUAAAUGGUAUGAUGCCCUAUCCUAUGCGCAAAUACUUGUCAAAUAUGGCCAUUUUGCGACUGCAUGAAAUUCUCAACCUGAUAAACGUUUCUACUGGAAGAGUCGACGAUUUUUCGUAUUGGCAGAGAUUCACACAUGAUCUUUUCACACCUUACGGUAUCAUGCGAUACUCAACCAAAGGAGGUGAAGAAACAAGACAAUUUGAGUUUACGACACCAAUUAUACCGCUAAUUUGCCAGUCAUUAGGUGCAGUGGGAAUUGUGAGACUCGAGACUGUGCCGCAACAACUCAGAGCACAAGUUUUGAGCAAUGGAACCAUAUUUUUCGACUGCCCCAGGUGCACUACGACAUAUCAUUAUCCAGAUGGCAGUUAUAUGACUACUUUCGCGCAAAUGAAGGGUCUUUUUGACUCAAAUUUGAAGAUCGAAUGGCUUGAGAUCGUAAGUUAUAGCUUUGUUCCCGGGAUUGAAUGGAACUCAAUAGAAAGAUUGAUUAGUACAAGCACAGUUUUUCAAGAUAUUGUGCGAAGUCUUAAUCAAAAGGGUCCGGGUCAAGAGAACGACUUUGAUAAAUCACAGAAAUCUGUUAAUGGCGAAUCGAAAGACGAGCCGAUGCCGCUGAAUUUCGCCGCUAUCACAAAAUUACGGUCUCAGUUUCGCGUAUUUCACAACAUAUCCAGUUUCGGCAUACAAGAGAGCUUCAUGCGGGCACUACAAGUGAACGACGUUUUGUCAUACUUGAAAAACUUGAAAGUUUACCAAAAGAUCCACAAUAUUCAGAGUCCUCUGGCAAGUCUUGAAGCGCUAGUGGCUUCAUCGAGGGCGAGAAACGUACAGAACGUUCCGAAUCCCACAGUCGAUACGUCAGCGCCUUUAAACGCGUCAAAUAGAGCGUCGCCUUUCGGCACUGGUAAUGGACGACCGCAAAUGAAAAGAACUUCAUCUUUAGGAAAACCACCUCCCGCCAAGAGACGACAAAGCGGGUUGUCGCCUCUGAGCACAGGUGACAAAGAAGUCUCUUUAAAUUUGGACUCGGUCGACAAUACCAAUAACGGACCCUUUAAAAAGGUACAAUUCUAA